CGAAACACCCGCCUUUUUUGUUCCACGCGUCGGUUUGUCGGUCAGAGCGUCAGACCAUUUUGCCCCCCUAACCAUAACGUGGUCUCGGAACAUUGGCCGGCUCGUGGCUCUUCACAACCCAAGGAAAGGAGAGGGAGAGAGCCCGGGAGAGAAGAAAAAAAAAAGUCUGCAUCGAGCUGAGCUCACGCAGUCACCGCCAGCCCUUGCAUUGUCUCCCGUGCGUGCCUACAGCACAGUACGUACACUGAUUCUGCGCUACCAUUCUCCUGGGACUGCUCCAAAGCUUCUCCGCAGGGUCCCCAUUCACCCAUUCAGGUCAGGGGGUUUCAGCAACGCACAUUGUCGCCGCCAAGGAGCUUCCCCAACCGCGUCCUCAACACGAGGGUCCCCAGCACCGGCGAGCACACCCCGAGGGCAAAAGCAUCACCGGCGAUCAUCCCUCACGAUGGACCAGAAGAUAGUGUUCAGUGAGAAGCUGUCCAAGGCCGACGCUUUGAUCCUCAAGAACCUGGAGGCGGACAUCAAGGAGGUAGCGUCAAGGCCAUCCCCGUCCAAUGGCCACGCCGUCGUCAGAGACAACGGUUACACAGAGACUCAAGCGGAUGGCUCCCUCGCCCACACCGAGGAGGCCGUGUCGGUGGUCAGCGAGGACGAGGCCGCCCGUGAUGAGGCGACCCUGGCCAUCAUCACGGGCAUGAACGACCCAAGCAGUGCCUAUUUUGAGCCCUCGGUGUUCAACACAUGGGACUUGAGCACGCUGGGCAAGCUGCCGCCCGUCCUGGACCGGCUGCUCAAGUCCUACGUCGAGCUGGGCAAGUCCGUCGUCCGCGUCGAGACGGACGUCGUCAUGCUCACCCACAUGAUCCUGUACUUUACCACCUCGGUGCCCUCAGCCCUGUGGCUCUUCUACAACUUCACCUGGGUGCAUGGGGUCAUGCACACCGUCAUGCAGGUCUCAUACACCGGGGCCUACACGCUUAUGAUGCACCAGCACAUCCACGGCCGCGGCGUCCUGAACAAGUCCUACGCCUGGUUCGACCUCACCUUCCCUUACCUGCUGGAUCCCCUCAUGGGCCACACCUGGAACUCGUACUUCUACCACCACGUCAAGCACCACCACGUCGAGGGCAACGGGCCCGAUGACCUGAGCUCCACCAUCCGGUACCAGCGGGACAGCCUCUGGCACUUCCUGCACUACGUCGGGCGGUUCUACUUCUUCGUGUGGCUCGAGCUCCCCCUCUACUUCCUGAGGAAGAACAGGCCUCUGUUCGCCGCCAAGGCAGCCUUCUGGGAGUUCAGCAGCUAUGCCCUGCAGUAUAGCAUGUGGAAGCUCAACUGGAGGGCGUCCAUCUUUGUGUUCCUGCUGCCGCUGGCCAUCAUGCGUCUCGGUCUGAUGAUCGGCAACUGGGGCCAGCAUGCACUCGUAGACCGAGACGAGCCGGACAGUGAUUAUCGGUCGAGCAUCACAUUGAUCGACGUCCCGAGCAACCGCCACUGCUUCAACGACGGGUACCAUACCUCCCACCAUCUCAACCCCAUGAGGCACUGGCGCGAGCACCCGGCGGCCUUUCUCAAGGCCAAGCAUACCUACUCCUCGAACGGUGCCCUGGUCUUCCACGACAUCGACUACCUCUUCAUGACGGUCACCCUACUGCGCAAGGACUAUGCCCGGCUGGCCGAGUGCAUGGUGCCCAUUGGCGAGAAGCAGAUCCGGAUGACCAUGGACGAGCGGGCCGCCAUGCUCAGGAGACACACCACCGCGUUCACCGAGGAGGAGAUCAAGGCCAAGUUCGGCAGCGCCAAGACGGAGUGAGGCCCUGGUUUCUGAGGCCCCUAUGGGUUUCUCUGGCGUGGUGUUGGGAGUGCACGAUGGACAAAAGGCUGCACAUGCAGUCACUCACAAGAAAAGCGAUGCGCAUAGUUCGGGUCUUUGAAUCGUGCCAUACGUAUAUGGUGCACAUGCAUAGCGAUGAGAGCUUCUAGACCUGAUUUCAGCGGGCCAUGCAAUCUCUAGAGCGAAAAGCGACUGGAUCAGAGAGAGGCGGAGGAGACUGCGCAAAAGCAGCACAUGCGUUGAUGCGAGUUGGACUCGGGUAGAUGUGGGAAUAGACUUGUCCGAUGAUCUCACUGUGCUGUGUAUAUCCCUUACGAGAAAACGUUGAUAAGGGAUUCGAUCAUGUACAGCGUGAGGUACUCCUUAGAAUGCGCAAGGGCAAAACCUUGCGCGCAAGGGUUUACGCCGGCGUUGACGUGUAGCAUGUCGUUAUUUUCUUGCCUCGCCUGACAAUCCUCGUUAUUCCUAGUCCGGCUGCGUACUCAUUUGAUGUCGGCUCCUUCAGCUGUAUGCGAAGCCACUGCCGGUUGACGAAAAUCGAACCA